AUGUUCGCUCACCCCAACUCAUCGCCAGGUCCGCACGGUGGCGGCUUGAAGCGCCUGCAUGAGGAUGACUCGGCAGACCUGACCAACAGCGGCGCCUGUGGCUUUGGUGAGCAUCGCAAUAAACGCCAUCAUGCUCUUCCACUCCGAUCCUCCCCUUUGGCCAAGCGAUCUUCGCCGCCACCAAGCUUUCAACCCCUCUCGUUCACCCAGUCGCCGCACUCGCCGCCUCGCAACAUUACACCAGUGUCUGACACCGAAGGCACGGUGAACAAAAUGGACGGCUAUCAAGAAUCUUUCGGACAAGCUCAGAAUGGUCAGGGUUGGACGAACCAGCUGCUGCAGUCGACAGAAAUGGAUACCGAUAUGGGAAUGGCGGGCGUGGAGACAGCAGAAUCAACGAGCCCGAACCACCUCCGACCUGGAGCUUUCCAGCCAGAUCCCAUUGCGCCCACCAUUGCCGGCAGGAUGCCCACGCCGAUCCAGCCGAGCUUUGCGGCUCAGGUUCGAGGAAACAAUUGGGGUGGCGCUGCCGGUAAUAUCAUGCAGACCAGCUCCGGCAUGCAGCAUGGUCAUUCGCAACAAACGACUUCCAGUGAGGACACUGGGUACCAGGGUGCAGACGAAUCUACGCCUCGAAGUCUGAACCAGGGCAGCAUGUCUUCGUGGAAUCCGAUCCAGAACAGACCCCUGCCCUCUCCAAUCAGUGAAAGUGGUGGUGAGGAUGUGGGCAGUCCUGAUAUGAUUCUUGACAAUGUCUCACAUUUUCGCGCCCAGCAUGCCGCUGCCUUCUCCAACAUGCCACCACGUUCGGACUCAACCAUGAGUCUUCCAUCGUAUCUACAUGAUGGUGCUCACGACUUGGACCACCACCACAACAACACGGAACAUGGAAGCCCGCCAGCAAGCGGCGUCAACGCUAUGGAAACUGACUGUCCCACGACGCCAUCCCCUAGGAAGGGGCACACGCGGAGCAGGCAUACUCUCAACAAUUGGACCAUCCAGCCCGGCAUGAAAAAGUCAUUCAGUAUAGGGUACCGAGCAGACUGCGAGAAAUGCCGCAACAAGGUUCCUGGACACUUCAACCACAUCAUUGUUUCUUAG